ACAAUGUCACCAUCCAUUUCUCAUGUGUUACUGUCACUUAUUUUUUUCGUUCUGCUGCAAAAUCCUUCCCAAGCAAUCAAACAGUCCUACAUUAUAUAUUUGGGAUCACAUUCUUUUGGUCCAAAUCCUUCCUCAGUGGAUGUUGAAUCUGUCACGAACUAUCACUAUGAAUUACUUGGAUCAUUCGUUGGAAGCAGCGAAAAAGCCAAAGAAGCAAUCUUUUAUUCUUACGGUAGAUAUAUUAAUGGCUUUGCUGCAGUACUUGAUGAAGAUGUAGCGGCCUACGUUGCAAAGCAUCCGAAUGUAGUAUCAGUUUUCUUAAACAAAGAGCACAAAUUGCAGACAACACAUUCUUGGGAUUUCCUUGGGUUAGAGAAAAAUGGUGAAUUUCCACAUGCCUCAGCAUGGCGGAAGACAAUGGGUGAAGAUAUCAUUAUUGGAAAUAUAGACUCAGGUGUUUGGCCUGAAUCUAAGAGUUUUGGUGAUGAAGGGUUCGGACCCAUCCCAAAACGGUGGCGUGGAAUCUGUCAAACAGAAGAUAAUUUUCAUUGCAACAGGAAGCUUAUUGGAGCAAGAUAUUUUUACAAAGGUUUUGAGGCAAAUACUGGUAGAAAAGUGAAUGAUUCGAUGCUUGGUGCACGUGACUAUGAAGGUCAUGGUUCACACACUUUAUCAACAGCUGGUGGUAACUUUGUUCAUGGAGCUAGUGUUUUUGGCUUUGGAAAUGGAACUGCAAGUGGUGGAUCACCAAAAGCUCGAGUUGCAACCUAUAAGGUGGUCUGGCCAUAUUCUACAUUGCCCGGUAGUGGAUGUUAUGAUGCAGACAUUUUGGCUGCUUUUGAGGCUGCCAUAGGUGACGGCAUUGAUGUGCUUUCGGUGUCUUUGGGCUCAUCUGAACCCUCCGAAUAUUCCAAAAACGGUAUAUCCAUAGGGUCUUUCCAUGCAGUUGCUAACGGCAUAAUAGUUGUGGCUUCUGCAGGAAAUGAUGGGCCUCAAUCUGGAUAUGUAUCCAACGUUGCACCGUGGAUCCUCACAGUUGCUGCAAGCACAAUUGAUAGGGACUUCUCUAGUUAUGUUACACUUGGUGACAACAAAAUCAUCAAGGGAGCUAGCCUUUCAGAGUAUGACAUACCAUAUAAUAUGAAGUACCCGUUGAUCAGUGCUGUUGAUGCCAAAGCUAAUGAUGAAACUGCUGAUGGAGCUCCUUUUUGCCUGAAUGAAACUCUUGAUGCUGAGAAGGUGAAGGGAAAAAUAUUGGUCUGUCUUCUCGGUGGUGGUAAUGGUAGAAUUGAGAAGGGUGAGGUAGCUGCUGGUUUAGGUGCUGUUGGAAUGAUUUUGGUUAAUGAUGAGGACUCAGGAAGUGAAAUUUUCCCUGACCUCCAUGUGCUUCCUGCUUCACAGGUUGACUUUGUGAGCGGCAGUUACAUUUAUAAUUACAUCAACCUCACCAUGUCUCCUGUGGCAUACAUUUCUAGGGUGAAAACAGAAUUGGGUGAAAAGCCUGCUCCAUAUGUGGCUCCAUUUUCAUCAAGGGGCCCCAGUCUAUUUGAGUCAGCAAUCCUCAAGCCUGAUGUGACUGCACCAGGAGUCAACAUCAUUGCUGCUUUUAGUGAAGCUGUAUCUCCCACAGAACUAGAUUCUGACAAAAGAAGAACUCCUUUCAUUACUAUGUCUGGAACUUCAAUUUCAUGUCCUCAUGUUGCUGGCCUUGCUGGGUUGAUCAAAGCCCUUCAUCCUGAUUGGAGCCCAGCUGCUAUUAAGUCAGCAAUCAUUACCUCAGCAAAUAAAAUAGAUAACACUGGAAGGCCUAUCCUGAAUUCAUCAUUAUCGAACGAGGCAACUCCAUUUGACUAUGGUGCAGGGUACAUUGAACCUAAUCUUGCUGUGGAGCCUGGACUUGUAUAUGACAUGGAUAUGACUGAUUACAUGAACCAUUUGUGUGGUCGUGGCUACGACAGCUCCCAGCUUAUGAUGUUUUACGGGAAGCCUUACACUUGUCCAGAGUUGUUCAAUCUUGCAGAUUUCAACUACCCAACAAUCAGAGUUCCUCGGCUUCACCCUGGAGAUUCUGUGAACGUUACUCGAACCGUUACUAAUGUUGGGUCACCAAGCACGUAUAGAGCGAGCAUGGAGGCACCACCACAAGUUCUACUCUGGAUUGAGCCUAUGGAACUCAUGUUCAAGGAAAAGGGUGAAAAGAAGGAGUUCACAAUUACAUCGACAUUGAUGCCGGAAACUGAGAGCACCACUGAUUACGUCUUCGGGUGGUUGACGUGGUUUGAUGGCAAACACCGUGUGAGGAGUCCUAUGGUAUUUCACAUUAAGUGA